AUGUUCAAGAUUCUCGCUACUAUCGCUUGCGUGUUCGCCGUCGGCGAAGCUCUUCGUUGCCAUAUCGUCAGUGGCGGAAAUCUUUCGAUCGUUGACAACUCGCAACCGCAGGAAUGCGGAAUCGGGUCGUUGACUUGCGUCAAAAUUGUGGAUCUCACUCGCGGCACCUACUCGAAGCAGUGCCAGUCGGUGAACUGCACGAUGAACGGGGUGCCAAACUCGGCGGCUAACUGCCAGAACACCUCCACUCUUGGGUUGAGCAGCAUGAUGUGCUGCUGCUACGGCGAUGGCUGCAACUCGGCGGAGCAUACCAGCAUUGUCAACACCAUCGUCGGAUCAUUGUUCGCCUUCGCCACUGCUCGCUCAAUCUUCUUCUAA